ACGAAAUCAAAACAAAGUGCACCUCCCCGCCACCCACUCUGCGCACCUGACACACACGCACGCUCGUUCGUUCGCUCUGCCCUGGCCGCAUUCGACACACAUUUGCGCGCUGUGACGACAGCCAAAAUCCUACGCAAUAGCAUGGUAGUGUGCGCGUCGUAUCUUUUGUUUGAGGGGUCUGUGAAAACGAAACAACAAAAGCGCCCACGGAACGGGGACCAGCGCAGUCAUCCGAUUACAAUCGCAGCAGUGGACCCAGAACGAUGAGCAGGUUUACGCCGCGAGCAGGUUCACCGCUGUUCGGAGUGGGUUGAGACUCGAGUGUUUGGUUUUUCCUUCCCCCGUGCAGUGUUUGUUCUGGCCAGCUGACCUUUGGACUGGUAUUGUUACUGUCGAAAAAGUGUAUCGCUGUGUACUGUGAUUGUUGUUACGCUGCGGGUCGUUCAGUGUGUGUAGUGCGUCUUAUUAUUGUCAGGAUAUUGCCAUUGUGUCCGUCUCGAAGCAUUCGCUCCUACGUGCGGAUUUGACGAUCUGCAACAUCUGCAUCAAAGGGCAACUCCGAUGAAGGAGGAUCGUUUGCAAGAAAGUAGCUGUGUAGCUUUCCGUAAAUAUUGACCUUGUGUAGUGUCGUGUGAAAGCCUUCGCUACGCGCAAACAGUACGCGCCAGUAAGCCCAGCUGGUGCAAUAUAACCCACCCGUAUGGUAAACAAACUGCGUCGCCCCCGGCCACGAUCAUGGCGCUAGAAUCGUCAUCCGACCCAGUCAUCGUCGGUCAGUUGUGCGAGCAGUGGGCACACAUUUACGAUACCCACUCGUCGGUGGACAUUUACCAGCGAAAAGCCGAGAUAGAGCAGUUCCUCGAAGGAUUCAACCAGCUUAGCGAUGAGGAUCGUUUGCAGCUUGAUCGUUUGAACCGGUACGAGAACAUUUCAUCCGCCUUAUCAAGGCAGCUUCUUCUGUUGAUAUACGAAAUCUGUGAUCCCACCGUAAAACGGUCCGCUCCGGCGGAUUCAACGUCCGCGACAGUUGUGGAAUCGAGCGAUCCUUCCUCCACCGCUGGUCCGUCACCCAUCGACAAUGUGGCCCCCGAAAGCGAAUGCAACUCCAAGCUAGAUAGCAACUCGAUCGAGGAACAGGCUGAAUUACUCCUACCCGCGGAUAGCAGCGAGCGCCGCUGCCAGUGGUUGAAGGAUUUCUUUCUCAAUGGCAUCGGAGGGCUGUUGCUGAGCACGCUAUCCAAAAUUGGUGCCGAAGACAUUGCAAACAGUCGUGAGAUAGCGGCCGUACUGGUACGUAUACUACCAACCACGAAGUGGAACACGGAACCAAAUGCUUCCAGCGCAUCGCUCGAGCUGCAACCGGGGUACGGAGAGUUUCUGAGAAAUGUGCUAAAAAUGCGCACCAUCAACGGUGAGUGGCAGCGGGACAGCUUUAGGCGAAACACCAGAAACCGAUCAAUAUCUGUCGCGCUGUUACGCUCAAAUCAACAUCCCCUAGACGGUGCGGGUGGUAUACCGACGUCCUUCGUGCGACAGCUAAGCGGUCCAAACACGUUUGCUGCCACGGUAGGCUAUGCAAGGGCGGCACAACACCUGCAGCGCAGCACGGCAGCGAUCAGCGAUACGAAAACACUGUCCCAAGAUCAAUUCACGCUGACCGUGCUGAAUUUGCUCGAAAGCCUGAUCGUGCACGAAAAUGUGCUUACCAUCGAUGAAAACUCUGUCACCGUGUCCUGUCUGCGUGUGGCGCUCGAACAGCUGAAACGCCACGACCGGUUGGAAGAAAGCUUGGAAAACCGUCUCGUUAUACGCCACAAGCUGCUCGGGCUUGUGAUGCUGUGCCUGAACAAUAUGUUUUUUCUCCAGACGCUCGAAUCGAACGAUCUUAACCUGCGCUCCGUAGCUACCGAUAUGAUCGUGCUGCUCAAGGAAGAACUGCACGAACGUCCGUUCGAUGCGCUGUCGUGCGAGUUUACCUACAAUCUCAUCUACACGAUCGUUUCCGCCGUUAACCAAUCGUUUCUGCACCUGUGCGACAAUCUUGUCAGUGAGCAGCUGUUUCUAACGAUCUUCAAACUGCUCGAAAGCAAUCUUGACGUAGUGAAGCAUACGUACAGCUUCCUACAGCUAGGGGCAAGAAGCGGAGCAAUCACCAGCAGCAACGGGAUCGUAGUGCCGUGGAUGCAAACGAUACAAGCGUGCUCCUCGGGUCUGAUUGAAAUUCUGAUCACAAUGCUACACAACUUCAUCUUUGCCCUUGCCCCAACUCGGGGUAGCUGUAGAAAGACACGGAAAAGUCGCUUCCGGCUGCACCAUUCCCGGCAGGACGCACGCAACGGAUACGUGUGUGCCCUCGAAAACCUGCUGCUUAAUCUGUUCCCGCUAGUGAAACACUCCGACCAACGGUUGAUGGUGAAUUUCUUCAAGGUGUAUCAACUGUGCUGCUGCAACACGAACGUGCACACGCUGCAGGUGCUGAUGAAGCUAUCGAACGAUGAAUUGAUACCGAAGCUGCGGCUCAACUUCGCCAGCCGUGCCAUCGUCCACGCAAUCUUCAACCGAUCGCAGUGCGAAACGUGCGAAUCGGAUCAUGCGGCCAACACUUUCUACGAGCAGUUCACACGCACACACCGCGAGGUGUUCGGAGAGUUUAGACGGGCGGAGAACCGUUCCCGCAUGCCUACGUUUCUACGGUACCUGCUGGACAUUGUUCGCGUGAUCCCGUACAGGUUGCGAGCGUUUCUACUGCAAGAGUUGGUGCUGAAACAACUGCACAGCGAAUUGCGACAUUUAGUCGAAAGACCGGAGCCGGAAGGACACGAUGCUCACGCUGGGUCAGCAUCCGCCGAACACGACGGUUGGAAGGAGAUCGUAAAUGGAUGUCUGUUAAUCGUCUGUCGGGUGGUUACGAAGCAGGAACAGCGUGAGAUGAGCUUGUUUUAUCGAGAAGAAAAUCUUGCACUGUUGCGUGCUCUAAAUGGGCGAACGGAGUUCACACACAGCAUGCAGCUGAUCAUGACUAUCGGGAUUCGGGAUCGUUUCCUGCCGGAGCAGUUUGUGCAGAAGUUGGUAGAAAUGCUUCUAAAUCAUUUAGAUGAAAAGAUCGCGCUUAUAGGACACAUUUUCACAACGAUAUCGCACAGUAAGGUGGAUGUACCGCUAAAACCUGUAGGAAAAUCAUCGGUACCGGUGGGAAAACAAGGUGGGAUGGUACUGGAAACGAUGCUUCAACUACAUCAGGAGCAUUGGAAAACGGUCCGCCAGUUGCUGAAGGAGAGUGAACGUUUCCGAAGGCAAUUCUUUCGACGGUACGACGGCGUAAAAGGAGUAACCCACUUUCUUGACCUUGCCUACAACCUAGCUAGCGUGUGUCUGUUCCGAAGUGUGACGAACUCUUCCCAGGAACCGAGCGGUCUACUCUUCCCCGCAACACCUUCCGCAUUGCUGACGAACCACAGCGAACCGCUGCCUUGUUUCGAACCGGAACGCAAAAGCGUACUUAACAUCUUUCACUUCAACGAUCAGCUAAUCGAUGGUUCGCUAUCCAGUGUCAGCCUGUACUACAGUGCCAUCGGGCUGGAUGGUAUGGGCAGUGCCGAGGAGGAUGAUUUCUCCUUUCUGCGUGAGCUGCAGCUCGCAACAAUUAACGACGAAUGGCAACGGGAAUUUAUGUUCCCCUAUGGUCAACCGACCGGGAGUAGUAGCAAAGCUGGCAACAUGCUGGAAAAGAAAUGGUCCCUCUCGGAGUUGUUCAACAUACGGCAGAUGCUCAGCAACUUGAUGGAGGAUAUUCUCGGUGGUGGUACCGAACAGCAAGACGCGAUGGCACUCGCCGAGCGGCGCUUGAUGGGUCUUCCGGAGGAUGCAAGAAAGCUGUUAAUCGAUCCGGGCAAUCUGGUGAUAAAGAAAAAGUUAACAAACCUGCUCGAAACUAUCAUGGCUUCGAUGCAGCUGGUUAUGAACGGUUUGCCGGACGACGUUGCUGAGGAGAGCUUAAAACCGGAGCUAGCAAACACGAUGCAGCUUGCUUUGAUCGAGCUGAAAAGAUUUCUAUUAAACUGUGCCAUCAGGAACUGGGACUGCCCCAGCACAGCGAACAAUGUUAUCAACGUGCUGCACGCGCUCCUCAAGGUGGCAGAAAUGCGCAUAGAGCCAUCCCAAACGACGUACAAAAGUGAUUGCGAACGCGAGCGAACCCAUUUAUCGAAACUUCAGCUCCACGAGGCGGAGGCUGAACCGCUCAACUGUGUGCCAUUGUACCACGACGAUGAGACGGAUGACCUGAGCUCGACGGAUGAAUCGUAUACAACCGCCCGUGACGAUGGGUACGAGGGAGACGUAGAAAUCGAUCCAUACACCCCGACGGAGCUGAUCGCGCGAAAGGACUCCAUCGCCGUUGGGGCCGGCAAACAGUGUCCGGUGGCUCGGCUGGCAAACGAACAAAUCUGUACGAUUGUGAGCGAAAUACUGGUGGAACUGUCGAACCGGUGUGUCGAACGUCCGGAACAUUGGUGCCCGGUACUGGCCCAAACGGUGGUGAAGCUGAACAUCAUUCGCAACUAUCUCGGAGGUUCGCUUUAUCUGAUUCGUGGCUUUGCGACGGUCCUGCAAACGAGUGACGCACGGCUGAAGGAGCUGCAGGCAGCCAUCGUCGAACUGAUCGUCGAUCUGGACGUGCCGGAAGUGUUGAUAAAGUUUUUGCAACUGUUGGGCCGUAACGAUCCUCCCGUGCAGUUGAUUCUGACGAAGCUAACGAACCUGUUCGAGGCCGGGUCCGAUGUGGAAUGCUACCAGUGUGUGCAGUUUCCCGUGCUGCACGCGGAUCGUACCUUUUCCUCGUCGUGCGACGUACUGCUGGCGAAGAAAAUCACCUUCCUGCGGGAGCACCAUAUGUUUUUCAACGUCCGCACCGGGUUGACCGAUGCUGCCACGAUCGUGCCGAUGAACUGUGCAAACUUUUAUCCCUGGCACGGCAACGGGUUCACUGUGUCGGCCUGGGUACGCGUCGUGCAGUUGGCCGACCGCCAACAAACCGACUUUACGCAUCUACUGUCUGUCGGUAGCGAAAAGCAAAUGUUAUCGAUCUACAUCAACGCCCAGCGUCAGCUGGUGGUACGCUACAGCAAACCGGACGUUUUCAUAACGCCGAGCAACACGGGCCAGUACCUCAGCAAGGCGAUCGGCAGAACGGAGUGCUGUGACAACUGUGCCAAAGAGAUGCAACACCUGUGGAUGUACAAACAUUUGCUGCGUGGGCACACGGAUGCAGUAUCGCACACGUUUAUGCUGGAUACACCGCGGGCCCAGUGUGUGUACUGCUUCAAGCAGCUUCCCGUCGGACAGGGACGAAAGGAUUCGAGCGAGCGGAGCGCUGGUUUGCCCAAACGUGUCGACACUGCUGCACCGAUGGAUGCGAAUCUGCGACAGUGCACGAUCGGGCAGGAUUGGUGCGUGCCGGAAGGGUGUUGGUCUAUGCUAACGUUCGCCGUGCAGCAGCAAGACGAGUUGGUGCAGCUCACCGUUACGUACGAUGGGGUGCAGCAGCUGGCGCAGCUUUCACUGCCGAACCCGUGCAAGAUACACAUCGACACGGACUUAACCGUUCUCAGCGUGGGCCAUCGAGCUGCUGAAUCGAACGAAUGUGGCGCAGGGUACGGACUGGCCGGUGUGCAUGUGUUCAGCAGAUGCAUUACGGACGAGGCGGUGCUGGCAAACCUUUACGCUAUCGGACCGAACGUGACCAACUUCGUGGCCUUCGCUACCGGCUACAUGAUUCCGAACUAUGGCACACUGAAUUUGUCCAAGCUUUCGAUCAACGAUCUGCGCAUGGUCAGUUCGCUGCAAUUGCUGGAAAGGACACACGUGGGAUAUCUGACCGCGAACAAAAUGGAUUCGUUUGUCAGUCGCCACCAAUCCAUUGGCGUAAUGUCGUGCGCCGGUAAACUUCGAGCGAUGGAAAUCGAAUCGCUGCAACGAUCGUUACUGGUCGCGGGUGGUGUUUCCGUUAUGCUCGUGUUCUUCGCCCGCGUAGUAGAGAUUACGGACGCCGCCACGCUGCACGUGGCAGCUCUCAAGCUGCUGCUACGCGUGGCGCACUGUAAUCAGGAUUUCUUCAACGAAUUUGUCCAGUGCAACUAUCUCGAGCUGAUCGGGGUCGUGCUGAAGAGCAAAAAGUGUCACAAAGAUAUCGCACUGCUAACGACCCUGCUGGAGCUGGCGUUCGAUCAACCGAUCGUGGUAAAGCGCGGUGACCAGUACCGUGUGCUAGCAACGUCCGCUGCCCGCAUUCGCUACCCCGGCAUGAUAACGUUCCUGUUGGAAAACUUUCAAAUCUGGAUCGACCAAUCGGAGGAGGUGCUUGACCUGCUGCUUUCCACCCUGGCGGCGGCGACCCGCGACAAGCAUCCCGGCAUGAUGUACAACUGCCAGCGCCUGCAGGACGCUUCCCUCGUGUCGGCGUUGAUCGAUUUCUGUCGCGUAAACUUUGUGAUUCCGGCGAAAACGGUCAAAAUUUCGCGCAAAGCAGCCGACCUGCUCGUUUCGCUGAUCGCGAUCCUGUCGCCCACACCGCCGAAGGUGGCCCUGCUGAACGAAAUCAUGGAGCUGUUGCUGCUGAUGCACAAGCCCACCGAUAGCUACGUGACGCACGAUCGGCAGAAGUUUUACUUCAACAUAAGCCCCAACCAGUUCGGUGGCGGUGGCGGUGGGAAGCGUAGCGAUCGGACGGUUACGAGCAGCAGUGGUGCUAGCAGUAGCGGACCUGCAACACCCAAGAUGCAGCUACGGGAUCGCCGUCUUCGGCCGCAGUCACAGUUGCGCAAAAUCCUUCCGCUAACGAUCGCUUCCGGUGGCAAUAGUUCGUUCGAGUCUGCCACGACUAGCUUCAUCAUUGACGCCUCUUCGACCAACGCGACCGGAGGGACGGUUUCGGGCGAGGAGAAACAUCGCAGUCCAACGGCAAAUGCACCACCGAAAAGUCCCAAAUCGCUACACUCACCCGACGGUGGCAUCGGCACGGAAGAAUGCUACGAAAAGCUUAACGCGGCCAUCGCCGAAGGUAAGCUGCGUAGGAAAAGUUUGCUGGACAGCAUCGACAAACGGGGCAGCGGUAAACGGAAGCUCAGACGGUUGAAAAGCACACCAAACAUACGAACCUCCUCAGUAGGCAGCAGGACGAAAAAGCAGACCGGAUCGCCGCGCCUUGCCAACGGCUCGCCAAGAUCAUGCGCGAGACACGAGUUGAACCGGACCAGCAGCGGACAGCAGCAGUCGCAAAGCGCGCCAACCUCGUCGUCAUCGUUUGCAGCGUCCGCGAGCGCGAUUAGGUACAAGUUUUUCGAGCAGAACUACUUCGCCACCGGCAACGACUUUCUGCAGGAAAGUUUCCUGCGCAUCAUGUGCGACUUUCUGCUGAUUCUGCCGGAUCGCGAUGCGUGCCAGUUUUUGAGCGGCGAAAACCGUAUCCUGGAAACGAUGCUCAUUCUGGCGAACAAUGGCAACAUUCGCAUUCGCACCAUGCUGCUCAAUCUGGUUGCGGUGAUUGACGAUCGGAUCGAUGGUGCACGGACGGCCGCCAGCAGUCCCAACGGUGCCGCUACGGCUAGCCAACCGGGCGGAGGAUUCAUUUUGCAGCAGUACAGCGAAGAACAGGCGAAGGUGUUUUGGUACCAUUUGGCGAAUCAGAUAGGGACGCACAGCGUCAAUGGCGAGCUGGUGAGCAGUUGCGUGCGUUGGAUCACGAAAUCGCACACUCCGCUACCGACGCUACCGGAACAUUCGGUGGACAUAGUGCGCGUGAACGGUCUGCACGUGCUGAUAGCGAUCCUCAUCCAGGCGCACGUCGAUCCGAAGCUGUUCCGGCGUGUGCUGUGCCUGAUCGAGCACAUCUGCAGGAAGCACCGGCGCCGCGCCGGGCAGCACAUGAUCGAUAACGGGCUCGUGUGGGCACUGGUAAAAACGGCGGUAAAAAUGAACGAAAAGGAAGAGCUCGUGCAGGAGGAAAGCCGAGAACGGUUGCUCGAUUUUUUGACUAGCUUCUCGCAUCUGAUGAUUGUGAGCAACGUGGCGAAUCCUUUCUGGGAUUUGUUGAAUGGGUUAACGGUAGCCCAAAAGCACAAGAACGAGCGUGUAACGAACGCGGUACGUGAUCUUCACGCGGCGCUGCUGCGGAAUGUGCUCCAGAUAUUCAUCUUUCGCCCGAAACAAUCGAUCAUCGGUAACAAGAAUACAUCUUUCACCGUCGAGCUGGCAGGAUGUAACCUGUCCAAAGCGGAGGUAAAGACACGCUUCAACCGGCUCCACGACAAGGCGAUCCAGUUCGUAACAAACAGUGAACCGGAGGGCGAUCUGUCCGACGCGGAAAUGGCCCUCGUCCGCCAUCUGCUGAACCGUACGCUGAACGGCAAUCCGCGCGGUGGCAACAUCAUCCUUUGGUGUCUUUUGCCAAAGCGCUCGAUUCGGUUGAAAAUUUACACCAUCAAGCAGCUGGGCCAGUACCUGGAGGGUGGCGGCAACCAUCUGUCGGCGAUCUGUGAUGUGAAAAUGUUGAAGGUGUUUGUGCAGAGCAUACUGCUGCUCAAUCAGAAGCACAUCCCGCUGGAAGAUUUGCGCUUGGUCAACUGCUUUUAUCAAUCGAUCGAUGGCGGAUUGUCGCACGGUGCCAGCUGGAACUUGACACAGACGUUAAAAGAUUUCGAAUAUCUGCGUGCGAUUAGCAUGAACGAUCAGGAGCAAACGAUCAUGAAAUCGAUCGCGCGGCAAGAGAAGCUAAUCUACUCGUGUACGGUGGCGGCCAUGCAAAUUACACGGAACAGCGUGGAAAAGCAGAACAGGCUGCGGAAGGAGCUGAUUAUUCAGUUGCGCAAGGAUACCGAUUAUCGAUUUUACGAUCAAUGGCAUCAGCUGGUCGGACGGAUGACGCACGAGGAUGCACCGUGGCACAAUGCCCGGCAUUAUCCAAACUCUUGGGAGCUGGAUGAUACGUACGGGCCGGAUAUGGCGUUGAAACGAAUGCGCCGCUGUCCCAUGACGAUCGACAGGCGGUUCUUGAUGAAGGAAGCUCUGCCGGAAGGUAGCGCCGAUGAGGCGAUCGAACGUGAGCAGACGCCGCUGCUGGCGUAUCUGUUCUCGAACGAUUACCGGCACGAGUAUUCGGUGGAGGAUCAGGUGCUGUACACGUUUACGGUGCGUAAAACCACGCCGAGCCACGAGCUGGAGUGUGAGUGUAUCAUUACGAGCACGGAGCUGGUGCUGAAACCGUACGAGGCGGGUGAGCUGGAAGUGUACGAUCUGCACGACAUCACCAGAAUAUGGACCAAGCGGUACGAGCAUCAAGAGUCCGCGGUGGAGGUAUUUCUCAAGUGUGGCAAAUCCCUUUUCAUUGUGUUCGACCGGGACCCAAGCGAGCGGGACACGUUUGAGGGCUUUUUCCACGAUCUGGUGGUGCGCUGUGGCCGGCAGGAGCUGGACCAACACACGCAGCAGUGGCGCGAGGGCGCUCUGUCAAACUGGGAGUAUCUGAUGCUGCUGAACCAAAUCUCUGGCCGAACGUUUCACGAUCUCAUGCAGUAUCCCGUGUUUCCCUGGGUGCUGGCCAACUACGACACCAGGACGCUCGAUCUGCUGGCGGAGCGCAGCUUCCGUGUGCUGGAAAAACCGAUCGCAGUGCAGCACCGCGAGCUGGAGAAACAUUACAUCAACAAUUACAACCACCUGCGCCAGGCGGAGAGUGGCGAUCCGAAUGGGGGCCGGCGUAAAAUUCAACCGUACCAUUACAGCUCGCACUACUCCAAUUCCGGCACGGUGUUGCACUUUCUGGUGCGCGUCCUGCCAUUUACGUCGCUGUUUUUGCAGUAUCAAGACGACAGCUUCGACAUACCGGAUCGAACGUUCCACUCGCUGCAAACGACGUGGAACCUGGCGAGCAAGGAUUCGCCCACGGACGUAAAGGAAUUGAUUCCGGAAUUCUUCACCUUCCCGGAAUUCCUCGAAAAUCAGGAAGGCUUCGACUUCGGCACACGCCAGUCUGGUGAGCCGGUAAAUCAUGUCGAGCUGCCGGCCUGGUGCAACGGUUCCGCACGGUUGUUUGUGCUGAUCCACCGGCAGGCGUUGGAAGCGAACAUUGUGCGCCGACAGCUAAGCCAUUGGAUCGAUCUGAUCUUUGGCUACAAACAAACGGGCCAGGCGGCGAUCGACGCCAUCAACGUGUUCCAUCCAGCUACGUACUGCGAUUUCACGUCGGCCGACAUUGACGAUCCGGUCAUGAAGCUAGCGCUGGAAACGAUGGUCAAAACGUACGGGCAGAUGCCACGCCGCCUGUUCGACACGGCUCAUCCACCGCCGGCAAUGAAUCCACUCACCGCGAACCCGCCCAAAGUGUUGGAAAGUGUCGUUGGUUUGCGGUGGGGGCUGUACUGCGGCAGUCCCAUCCUUUCCGAUCCGAAGCUCGUGGAUGUGUGGGAAAGGGCAACGAAAGACCUGUUGGGAACGGUGGGCGGCGAACGAGCCGCUCUGCCAUCGGCCUCACUAGUCACGCUCGACGGACAGAAGGUGUUUGUGUUGCCGGCAAAGAUGAACGUGUUUUGUGCCCCGACACAGGGCACCGGUGCGAAGAAACAUUACACCAUCAGCUGGGGCGAGCCGGACGAUCGGUUACGGAUACGGGUGCUUCAGGAGAGUGGUAGCGGACCGGCGGAACGAUCGAGAGACCUGUUCUACGGUAGCAGCAGCUGCGCGUACGAUCCCAUCACAGCGUGCGGUACGGAUCCGCACUGUACGAGCAUCUUUUUCGGCCACCGUUCCGGGCGCAUAGUCGUGUUUCAGCAACGGUCACGCCGCAGACGCGCUUCCUUUUUCAACCAGAACAUGCAGCCGGCAGUGACGAUGAUGUCACGUUCGCGAUCAAGCUCGUUCCGGCGCUGGAUCGAUCGGAAGAGUGCCAAUCUGCGGCGCCGGCUCGAGAUGGAUCCGGACGAACAGCAGCAGCAGCAGCAGCAGCAAGAACAACGACUGCUGAAUAACGAUGAUCAGAUGGAUUGGACGUAUCCGAUCCAGCUGCUUAAGCAUCGUGCACCGAUCAGUGCGAUACGCGUCUCGAUGGAGUACAAGAUCGUGGUAAGCGUGUCCGUCGACGGCUGUGCCGCCAUUUGGGACGUGAACAGUUUAACGUACGUACGCGAAAUACCCCGGCCGGUCAAUAUGCUACACUCGAUGAUAAGCCAAAUCGCCAUCAGCCCAACGUUGGGCGAUAUUGUGCUGGUGCAUUCGGCUAACUCGGCCGGACGGCAGCAUGGUCAGUCGGCUGGGGGGCAGCAAUCGUGGAGCAGUGCAACGUUGGUGGAGGAAGACGAUAGUUUCGAGGUGACGGAAAAUUAUAAUGCGGACUAUGUGAACAUUACCAUGGCCACGAAUCGACGCGAUCAGUUGCGCCUGUACACGGUGAACGCGCAGUACGUGGAGCACGUGUUCGUGGAGAGUCCAAUACAGGCGAUAACGUACUCUUCGAUCAAAGAAGGCUGCGGUGUGAAUUGUAUCGUGGUCGCACUCGAGAGUGGUAUAGUGCGGUUUUACUCAAGCUGGAAUCUUGCACUGCUGCGUGAGGUUAACGUUGAACCGAAUGGUGUCAAGUGCGCCCUUUUCUCGAAGUAUCAGCAUCUGCUGCUGCUGACGGCAAACAAUACCGUUCAAAUGUGGACAGCUGAAGGUCUUCCCGGUGUUUUGCCAAGCAUACAGGAACCAUAUCAAUACGGUGUAUGAGUGAGGGAGGAAGGUGUUAAACAGCAGACGGAAUGGAUCGGAAGUAAAGACGUUGACGUAACGGCGUGAAACGUUUGUUGGGUAGUAUGUAUUUGUACAUUGUUGAGUGUUAAAGUUUUUCAAUAUUAUAUCUGCAAUACGUAUCAAUUGAAUAGUAGUUAAGAGCAAGGAUAACAAAAACACGGUUUUGAUUAAAUUUCUAUCCAACUGGCAUGGAA